GUGUAAAAAAAUAAAAAAAGAGUAAUUAUUCAAAGAUUGUUGUAAUUAGUAACAUAAUUUUUUACAAAUAAUUAACCAUGGUUUUAUUAAACUUUAUACGGCAAUUUAACAAGCCGAGGAUUAUUAUCAGCAGCAAUAGUUUGAUGUUAAAAAAUAAUUAUGCUGUUGUAGCUGCUGCUUCGCUGGGAAAAGUAAAAAAAGGAAAAAAAGGAAUGGGACCUGCACCAAAAGUCGAGCUUCCUGUAGAAACUGACGCUCACCGACUAGUAAAUUACGUCUGCGGUACAAAUCUUCUAAAAGAAGGAGGCGAGGACGUGAAACUAAAACCCGACUCAGAAUACCCGGAUUGGCUGUGGAAGAUCCACGUGGGCAAGCCCAAGACUCUGGAGGAUCUGGAUCCGAACACCAAAGCCUACUGGAGGAAGCUCCGCAAGCAAGCGAUUAGGACCAACAACCAGAGACUAAAGCACAAAACUUUGGGUCCAUUCUAAAACAAAGUCUUAUUUAAUUUAAAUGUUGAGCAAACUUGAAUUUUGUAAAAUAAAUACUGGAUUAAUUGUAA